UGUUUACACACUAAAUUUUUGCGCAUUAUCUAGACAUCUCUUUAUCACAGUAUGCGUCAUUCCUGUUAUACUGCACACAUCAAGUACUGUCAAGGGUAGCCCUGUCAAGUAUUCUGAUGUUUACUAACUACAUUUUUGGGCAUUAUCUAGGCAUCUCUUUAUACACCUUAUGACAUCAUUUGAAUGAGGAAAUCCCCAAAUGUCUCUAUAUAUACAAUGUGCAAUAUCUAACUGCUGCACAAAAUUCUUUUCCUCUGGUAAUCUCACAACAAAAUUGAAAGGAUGACGAUGUUUUUAGUUCUUGUACUGAUUUUCAUGUCUGUAUCAAAAAUCAGGACGGCUUCCUUGUUAACCGGUACUAACGAUCAGAACUCCACUGCUCUGAUAAACGAAAGAAAUGGCGUAAAGGAGAUCGAUAUCCUCCGUCAGCUCGUCAAUCAAGAGACACGAAUACGGGUAUCCGUUGUCAACGACGUCAUGGCAGCUCUGGAUGACGUCAAUUCUGUGAAGAAAAACAUAGAAAUGUUACAAAGAAAGGUUGAUUCUCUGACUGAGGAGCAGAAAAGAGUAAACAGUAAUUGCCAGGAAAAGAUUCAGGAACUUGAAAAGAGGUUUACUAAAAAAAUCGCCGAAAUUUACGAAGAUGUCAAACUCAAUAAGGAUUGUAAGGACCACUUUAUAAAGGGACAAACACAGUCUGGUGUCUAUGAAAUUCAUCCGUUUGAAAACCAGACCCAAGUCAGCGUGUAUUGUGACAUGGAAACCGAGGGCGGUGGGUGGACAGCAAUUCAGAGACGUGUGGGCGGAUCUGUGAGAUUUAACAGAACGUGGGCGGAGUACAAGACUGGGUUCGGGAGUCCUAACCACUCCUACUGGAUUGGAAAGUACUUGUGUUAA